AAAAAGUACUUUCAGAAAUUGAAUUCAUUAUGAGAAAUGAACGGCAACAUGGCGCAGCAGGCGAGCAGCGUUGCCGUUCCGUACGCUGCUCUGACUCGUCACGUGACGUCACGUCUCAACAUGGCCGCCAUACCGGUCCUCCCCCCGCUUCCAACCGGAUCCGUUUCGUGUUGCGCGCAUUCAUUAUCUGACGUUAAACAUGUCGGCGUAGGGUGCGAGUGGUUUGCGGUGCGGCGGCGUGGCGCGGCAGCGCAUCCGCGCGUCGCGGCUAACGGCUCGUCCUCGGCGGCGCGUCGCGUCGUCGUUCUGCGCGCGCUGACGUCACCGCUCGAUAAUGGCCGCUGCCACCCGUCCCCCUUCUCCUCUACCGUAGCCAGCCGCCUCGACUCGAGCUCAGUCUCUACUCAACUCGCUAGGGUAGCGAGUGCUUAA